AGACAUCUGAAGGUUUUCAGCUUUUAGAUUUGUUUUGUUUGUACAGAACCUCUAUGGAUUUUUCCUCCAUCCUCUUCCUCAGUGCCAUUCUGAUAAUGGAACAAAAAGCCUUCACGGCAUCCACAGUCCCUGUGUCUCAGGCUCGGAGAGUUUCACCCUCACAGAUCAGCUCCAAGCCUCCACAUCGUGAGAAACGCUGCUCCUGUGAGAAUCUGAAGGAUCGGGAGUGUGUGUACUUCUGCCAUAUCGGAAUCGUGUGGGUCAACACACCCAGUCAGGUGAUUCCAUACGGCGUCGGUUUCCUACAGAUGCGCCUGAGAAGACACUUGGAGCGAUGUUUUUGCACAGACAACAGAGACACCAAGUGUGUAAAGUUCUGCUCUCACAGUGGUGAAAAUACAAGCCUGAGAUCCUCUGCAAGAACAUUCAAAGAACAGUCAAGGUGAAGGAGCGGAGACCAUGAUGAACUGUCAGGAGGAAGAAGCAAAAGAAGGAGAAGAAGAAGAUAAAUAUAUUUGCACAGAUUUUUUAAUUAAAAUCUAUAACGUCUAGGCGUGAAGAUGGUUUGUGAUCAUAUUUCAUGUUUAAUACGCACAGGAUCUUUGUGUAGAGCUUGUUAUAUUUGUGAAUGUACACGUGAAAAUAUUUGGACGUGUGCAGCCAAGACCCACAAACCCACAAGCACUUC